CCUCGCCGCCCCGGGCUGCGUCGGUAGGACGCGCGCUCUCUUUAUCUUUCCAGGCGCCCACCGUAUUCCGCUUGCAACCAGCUCGGAGUCACGGUCACGGUUCGAACAGCAGUCCGGUAAAUGCACCGCUUCUGCUGGGUUGCCGCACUGUGCAAGUCCCCGUUUAUUAUCCCUGUCCUCCCAGUUUAAUUCCGGAUGACUGACACUUUUUUGUUUUGUCCGGAAAACGCGUCCCGAUUAUCGUCUCGCUAGCCGCGGUGUAAUCUCGUAAACUUAAAAAAUGGGUUUGUGGAAGUCGGCGUGAUAUUGUUUCGGGCGAUUGGCAAUGAUUAUUCCGAACAUUCAAAUCACGAGCAAACGAAUUGUUAUCAUUUGCGCUUGAAAGUUUUUUUCCCCCCUCGUGAAACUGGCAGUUGAAUCCGCUCUAAGUUUGAUUGGUUGCAUCUGUGAGUGAUCCAAUAUGGAUAUUGUAGUUUCUGACCUGUUAGAAGGCGAUGCACUACCAUCGUGGAAUUCAAUUGCAUUUUGAACACUGCCUUCGUUAUGCCUCUACAGGGACUGAACUGAUGGAGUGGAAGCUAUGAAGUUACUUGGGGCUGGCAAAAGGCACAUGGUAAUGGAAGACUUUGCAGCAGCUGUCAAUGCCUUUCAGGAUGCAUGCAGGCUGUUGAGUACUGCACAUGGAGAAAUAGCUGAUGAAUGUGGAGAAGCCUACUUCUGUUAUGGAAAAGCUCUUCUAGAGUUGGCAAGAAUGGAGAGGGGUGUGCUUGGCAAUGCCCUUCAAGGAGUUCCUGAUGAUGAAGAUGAUGAUGAGGAUGAAGAUGAUCAAGAAACAGCAACAGCCGAGGGCCCCAAAAUAGAAAAUGCAGAGAAUGUAGAUGGUGCUCAUGCAGCAGAUGCUAGUGAAGGUGACGAUGAGAAUGAAGAAACUACAGAAAAGGAUGGUGAAAGUGAAGAGGUGGACAAUUUGCAGUUAGCUUGGGAAAUGCUUGAAUUGGCAAAAAUCAUCUUCAAAAGACAGGAAACCAAAGAAAUACAACUCUGUGCAGCACAGGCUUACCUGAAGUUGGGUGAAGUGGGAAUAGAAUCUGAGAACUAUGUACAAGCUAUUGAGGAUUUUAAUGAAUGCCUGACCAUUCAGGAAAAACACCUUGAUCCACACAACCGGCUGCUGGCGGAGACCCAUUACCAACUGGGGCUAGCAUACAGUUUUAAUAAUCAACAUGAUUUCUCUCUGAAGCACUUCAAAGAGUCUUUCAGUGUUAUAGAGAAAAGGUUAGCUAUGUUAACAGAAAGAAUUGAAAAAGCAGAAGAGAAAGGCAAAUCGCCAGCAAAAGAUAAUGAGACAGUUUCUGAAGAUAAGCAGGAAGUUGAAGAACUUAAAGAGCUGUUACCAGAAAUAAAGGCAAAAAUUGAAGAUGCAGAAGAAUCCAAAGAUGGGAAAGCAACUAAAGCACUUCAGGAAACCUUGUCAAGAACAACAGCAUUUCCGGUUACAGAAGGCAUCGCAAACAGUGCUCCAACAUCAGCUAUUCAGGCUGGAAAAACGGGUGAAGCACCUACAUCAAGUUCAAAUUCUGUAUCCAACAUCUCUCACCUAGUAAGGAAGAAGUCCUCAUUACAGAGGAAGCCAGAAGACUCUGAGAGGGACACUAAGGAUCCUAAAAAAGCGAAGCAGGAGGAGUCUUCAGUGAAUGGUGGCUGUGGUGAUGCCCAUGACAAGAAUGGAGUUCCUGCGAAAAUGGAAUCAGAAGAAAUUGCUUCACCAAAGAAAUCUGAUCCAGAAGCUCAAAGUACGAGUUAAUAUUUAGAUGGUUGGCAUACUCCUCCACAUACAGGACUGUUUUUGUAUAUAAUGUAUUUUUGAUUGGCUUUUUGAACUUUUUGUAACAUUGUGGAAAUCUUCAAUAAAGAUGUCAUUUGCAAAUUUGGGUCUCAGUUAA